AUGCGUUUGUUGGCGACCGGCAGAGCGCUACGGGCCAGCAGUGGCAGAUGGUCUGUCGUGACCCCUAGGAGGAGCCCUCGGAUAUCGACCUCGCAUCUCAUCGAGCCUCUCACCGUCACCGUUACGAGGAGAAAUCUGAGCUCGACAGCGAACCGGAUGACAGAAGAAAAGCCAGAGACAAAGCAGAAAGCUACGGCUGGUCCAUCACCUUCGCAGUCAUUGACCAUUGAAGGCCAGACCUACCGUACAGACCAAUGGACCAACACCCCAGACACAAUACUGUCCCACGUUGGACGUCGGCUCUACCUCGACGAGAACCACCCUCUUGCAAUCACUCGCAAACUGAUCGAAAGCCAAUUCCCAGGCCCGGUAUACGGUAACUACUCGGAGAAGAACCCCGUCGUAUCAGUUGCGCAGAACUUCGAUGUCCUGGGGUUCGCGCCGGACCACCCGGGCCGCAGCCGGACGGAUACAUACUACAUCAACGACAAGACCGUGCUCCGAACACACACCAGCGCCCAUCAGCAAGCCUACUUCCAGCAGAUCAACCGCAACGAGGCCACCCGCCCGGAGGAGGUAGGGUACACGGUGGUCGCGGACGUGUACCGGCGCGAUGCGAUCGACCGCAGCCACUACCCGGUCUUCCACCAGAUGGAGGGCGCCAUGCUGUGGAAGCGCCCGGCGACGGACCCGCUCAAGCACGCCGCGCGCACCGCCGCAGCCAUCAUGGAAGACGUGAACCGCAUCCCCGCGCACGGCGUCCCCGUCGAGGACCCCAACCCGACCAUCCACGUCGAGCGCAACCCGCUCCAGGCCGAGCACCACGCCGCCGAGGAAGUCGAGGCCGUCGCGGCGCACCUCAAGCGCUCGCUCGAGCGCAUGGUCAUCAAGAUCUUCAGCGAGGCCCGCAAGGCCACCGCCGCCGCAGACCCGGCCGCGCAAGCCGAACCUCUCAAGGUCCGCUGGGUGGAAGCCUACUUCCCCUUCACCAGCCCGUCCUGGGAACUCGAAGUCUUCUGGCAAGGCGACUGGCUCGAGAUCCUAGGCUGCGGCGUCAUCAAGCAAGACCUGCUCAUCAACUCGGACGUGCCGGACCGCAUCGGGUGGGCCUUCGGGCUGGGCCUCGAGCGCAUCGCCAUGCUGCUCUUCAACAUCCCCGACAUCCGGCUGUUCUGGUCCCGCGACGAGCGCUUCCUGUCGCAGUUCAAGGCCGGCCAGAUCACCCGCUUCGAGCCCUUCUCCAAGCAUCCCGCCUGCUACAAGGAUGUGGCGUUCUGGUUGCCGUCGGCGGCCGUGAGCGGGGGCAGCGCGGCGGGUGGUGCCGUGCCCAUCCACGAGAACGAUAUCAUGGAGAUUGUCCGCGGCGUGGCGGGGGAUCUCGUCGAAGAUGUCCGGCUCAUCGAUGAAUUCACCCAUCCCAAGACGGGAAGGAAGAGCAUGUGCUACCGGAUCAACUACAGGAGUUUGGAGCGCACGCUGACCAACGAAGAGACGAAUGGGUUGCAUGAGAAACUACGCGAAAAGCUCGUCGGCCAGUUGGGCGUCGAGUUGCGGUAG